UUUACAUCAUUUGUAACAAAAGUUGAUUUUUAAGUAUCCUUUCCAACUCGUCAAAUAAUGACGCUCAGCGAUUGUUGGAUGGGUCGUGUUUUCCGGCUUCUGCUCCCAUCCAGCUGUUCUCGAGGCUGUCAGCCUCUGAGGUUAGUCUGAUUUCUCAUAGUUCCAGUAUGACUCAUUGAAUAUAUCCCAGCAACGCUAACCAAGCACUCUUGCAUUGAGCAGCCUCGCUGUGUGUUCUGCUGUGCCACGGUAUCACACUCCGAAACGCUCCUCCACUUCUGUCGUUAAGGAAAACUUGUGGCUCCUCCUGUUGCGUCUCCGCCUUGCGCGCUGCUGGCAGCUGGAGAGGCUCCUUCACUCGCUGCAGGCUGGAGACCCACUGAGCGCACAGGGACAUUUCGGGGACAAAAACGUGUUGCUUUAAGGAAUUCUCACUCAAAUCUGUGCUGAAUUUCUCCUCGGUUUGGAUAUCCUCGGUUUGUAACACCAGCUUGAGCCCAUCUCUCGGGUCUCCGUUUUUGUUCAAUUUUAAUUUACAUUUAUCGAUGUUGAAAUGGAAUGUGAGGAGAUCCCCAGAGAGAGGCUAUCAAGGUUUUGAGUUGCUGUGACUGCUGCCCCAGCACCGACGCCCCCCCCCCCCCCAACUGAAGAUGGACCCUGCCUCUGUGUGUCUCCUCCACACUUUGCUGCUGAUGAUCACCUUGCCCCCCGUUUUCUCUGCCCUGUGUCCCCGGCCUUGCUCCUGCCCCCAGCCCACUGAGCUCCACUGCACCUUCCGCUCCCUCUUCACCAUCCCAGCUGCUGUGUCCAAACACGUGGAGCGCAUGAACCUGGGGUUCAAUAGCAUUAAUGAGAUCACAGACAAGUCGCUGGCUGGUCUGAGGAAGCUGGAGCUUCUGAUGGUCCAUGGGAACGAUGUCCACAGUCUGCCUGAUGGAGUGUUCAGGGACCUGACCUCACUACAGAUGUUGAAGAUGAGCUACAACAAACUGACAGAGAUCAACAGACACACCCUUCAGGGUCUCUGGGCCCUGGCCAGGUUACACCUGGACCACAACCAAUUGGAGUUCAUCCACCCAGAUGCCUUUCAAGGCCUCACCUCCCUGCGGCUGCUGCAGCUUGAAGGCAACCGACUGCAACAGCUGCACCCAGCCACCUUCACCACCUUCACUCUGAUGGAUUAUUUCCAUGUCUCCACCCUGAGGCAUCUCUACCUGUCACAUAAUGGGCUUAUGUCUCUGCCUUCCCACCUGGUGGCCACCAUGCCUCAGCUGGAGAACUUGUAUCUCCAUGGAAACCCAUGGACCUGCGACUGCAACAUGAGGUGGCUCCAUGACUGGAUUAAAACCUCACCAGAUGUCUUGAAAUGUAAAAAGGAUAGGGCACUUCCCGGUGGGCAGCUUUGUCCUAUGUGUUCAUCUCCUAAGCACCUCAAGAGGAGAGAGCUCCAGGCGGUAGAGAGCCUAGUUUGCAGCAGCCCUGUCAUCAGCUCUCCUCAGAUGACUCCACCACCUGAUAACAUGGAAAGUGAGGUCAUGACCACAGAGGAUUUCAGUGAACCACUUGGAAACAUCUCUCUGGGCCUGUCAGAUGAACAUGGGAAUGAGGUGGAUUUGGAGUGUAGCAUUAAUGAACCAAGCGAAGUUCCCGAGAUCAGCUGGGAACAGGUCAACCAGCUCCAGCUGGCCUCUAACAUAACUUUGUCAGUGGAUAUAGAAUGUCCUGUUGAUCGAGAAAAGUAUGAGCGACUGUGGAGGCUUAUCGCAUACUACAGCAAUGUACCUGCCCAUUUGCAAAGGGGAAAUAUGGUCAAACAAGAGCCUCAUCCAACCUAUGUGUAUAGACAGGACUCUGAGAAGGAUGCGUUGUAUUACACAGGUGUUAAAGUAAAUAUCAUGGCUCAGCCCAAAUGGCUGAUGCAGACAUCUGCGGACCUUCAGCUAAACCGACUUCAAUCAUCAGCCAAGAUGGUAAAAUUGAUCUUAAGCACAAAUUUCUCUGAGACAGUGGAAGCAGAGCUGGUGCGGAGACAGAGAAGGACAUGGGUCAUGAUUGAGUCAACAAAUGCUACUCGCAAAGCGUUGAGUGCUAUCCUGGGAAACCCCAGUCAAAUGGACUGUAACGUGCAAAGUUCUGACCGACCAGUCAUCCAAUGGAUGCUGCCAGAUGGCUCCAAGAUGGAGGCACCACACAGCAGUCCAGACAACAGGGUGUCUGUGUCAGGUGAAGGACAGCUGGUCAUUAAAGCUGUCAGCCACACAGAUACAGGAAUUUACUACUGCAUUGCCAAGGUUCAUGGAGAUCUUGCUGUCCUGCCAUUCCAUCUGACAGUACAGGAAUCCUCCAGCCCUCUCCCAGGAGAGGAUGCCUCAAUUACACCUAUUGAAGGAUUUGUCGGGAACCCCAUUUCCCUGCCUUGCAUUGCAUCUGGUUCCCCCGAUGCUGAAAUUAACUGGAUUCUACCAAGCAGCAACAUAGUUAGUUUCCAAGCCAACUCCUCCAGAGCUUUGGUCUUUUCCAAUGGCACGCUACAUAUCCCACAGACUCAGUUAUUGGACGGUGGUCAUUAUAAAUGUAUUGCCAUAAAUCAACAUGGUGUGGAUACCCUAGCUACAAAAAUAAUUCUCAUCAGACGCAAAGGGCUGAUAAGGCCUUUGAGGAAGUUUCCAGCAAGACCUCAGUCAGCCUCAGGAGUCAACACUCAGAUUAAAGUCCCCACAAUAGAUACAGAUGAGGCAUCAGGGGAUAAUGAGGGUCCUCCGAUGGGGCCUCCAUUAAGCAGCUUGGAUCUCUUGAGGAGGAGAGUUCCAGGAGGUGUGGCCACAGGCAGGAGGGGCAUCCAUCCAUCAAGGAAUAUGUGGAGGAGGCCGCAACUGCCUCGAAAACCGACAAGAUCACGUGUUGAAGAUAGGAAGAAUAUAGUUGACAGCAGGAGGAAGAUUAAUAUGUCAAAGAGUAAAAUUGACCCAGAGAAAUGGGCCGAUAUUUUGGCGAAGAUCAGAGACAGAAAUGCUCAUAAUAAUGUGACACAACUCCUAGUUCUGCGUACAACACAGACAACACUGACAGAGCAAACCACAAAGUCACAAGAAACUGUUGAGGGAUCAUCUGAUGGCAUAACUGUGCAGGAAAAAGAGGGCAAGGAUUACCUCACAACACCACACAUUCCAGUACUACACACAACUAAUAAACAUAGUACACAAGGCGAAGACACAUAUGUGAUAUCUAAUAGCGAUACUUCACAUGAUACACAGGAUAUGACAUCAAACAGUCAGCACAUACAUAACAUACAUUCUACAGUGGAGCCACACACAACACAGACUGCAUACAAUGUACAACACACAAGCCCUGAUACGAACUUGGACCUACAGACAAUUUCAAACAGUCUGAUUUUCCUCCCACAGACCACAUCUGUUCCCCUACACGCUGUCACUUUCUGGCAGGCGAACACAAACAUUGCAAGCAGCAGCAGUACAUUUUCUCUACAAGAAAACCCUAGCACAAAUACAGAUGUUGAUAGAGUCAAAACAGCUCAGUGGUCCAAGGCGUCGGAGAAGAACGAGAAUGUGCAUAUACCAAAUGCUGUUGCCAGCUCCAAUAAUGACCGAGAACUUUUUUUGAGUGGAAGUCAAAUUAUCCCUUCAGACAACCACAAUGGGAAACAUUUUCUUGAAACUUCAACAAGAUUCGAGUUGCAUACUCAGCCAAAGGACACAAAACUUGCAAUAACACAAGCAAUGCUCACAACAGCACCUCUAACAACUACACAAGUACCCACCACUACAAGAAGUAGGGGAUCUGAAGGACAAUCAUCCUCACGCCUGCGACACCCUAACUCUAAGAGAAAGAAUGACAGUCGUCGGAGAAGGCCAAACAGAAGGAAACAAAAGCUGAAUAAACCCACACAGUUAAUUGCCACCACACCUACAAUUGCUCCCCUAGCAACAGUCAAGACCACAACCUCCUCACAGCUAAAAAUAGAAGCAUUAGAAGCUACAUUAGCCAGUUUCAAUACCACUGUUCCAUUCAGGGGCAGCCAAGCAGCGUCAUCAGGCAGACUGAGUCAUGAGGAAAGCAAAGACCAAGGGCAUGAUGCCAAAGCAGCCACCAAACAUUCUUCACUACCAGCGUCUCCCCCAGUAACAAAUGACAGCAUUCAAGCCCUGGCCAAACCACUGUUCAAAAGCACAUCAGCGGCACCAUCAUUUCCAAUGUCCUCUCCAGGAGUGGGUUACGGAAAGACGAGUUCUCCAACAGCCUUGAGAAUACCAGAUAGUGCAUCUCCUGCAGAACGUUUGGAAAUGUUCACAUCAGCCACUCAGCAGAGGUUUACAGGCAGCCUCGUUCCACCUGUUAAACCCUUAGAAGAGACACAAAGGGUAAGUAUUACGGGAGACCUUGGACCUGUGCCACGCACAAACAAUUCCUCUGGGGGUUUUCACAGUGUAACACAAGCGCAAACAGAUGUCGGGCUGACUCAAUCAGGCCAUCAAUACAUACCCCAUGAAAAUGAUGGAAAUAUGCUUGUCAAGGAGACUGCUAUGCAGUUUUCCCUGCUGCCGCCCCCAUCCGCCUCAACUGCUUCCUUCAUUGAGCAUGAAAUCAAGACAACCUCUGCAUAUACUUCUCGAGGCUUAAUUACAACACCAAGCAUGCUUUUCAAGGGUGAUUUGGACAAAGAACAGGUCACCACAAAGGAUCCUACAUUACUUGAAACAUCUUAUCAUACUUUUAAUCAAAAUAAAACCCCAAGCAAUGAAUCAGAGAGAGAAACACAUCUUGAAGAAACUGCAAAUAUAGGAAUGAAUGCUGAUGCUCUUAUUACCAGUAUCGUAACAAUAAAUCCCUCUGUAAUUUCAAGACCCGAUGUUCUGAUUCCAUCAAGAGUAGCGCAAUAUGUUACACUACCUAAAAUGUCUCCUACUGGAGCCACAAUGGACCCUUUACUGAUGGGUACCACUAAGGAGACUCCCAAGAUCCACAACAUACCAGACAACCGCAGACAAAGCCAACAUUUCCACUCCAUCAACACAUCAGAGCCCCAGAGAACAAAGGACUUCCAUCUUGUAACAAAAGCUGACCACAAACUUGCUCCAUUUAUUAGUAUAAAUCCAACGCCCCCAUUUAUUAGCAUAAAUCCAACUUCCCCAGCCCUAAAAUUGACCAGUGGACAGACAAUUAAGGAAAUGGCCACUCCUGUCCCAACAAUUGCUUCAAACCAAACUGAGACAUUCAAAGAGGGACUGUUAACAAGAUCUCAGAAUAUGUCCAGAAAGCACCAGCUACCUGGACAAGGAUCGAUUCCAAGAGGGAAGCCAAGGAUAACGAAGAGUAAUUUCCAGACUUUCACUGUGAAAGCUGAAACAGAUGCUCAGCUUCCCUGUGAGGCUGAGGGUGAGCCAAUGCCUUUCCUGUCAUGGACUAAAGUUUCAAGUGGGGCGAGUAUUGCUCAGAACACCAGGGUCCAGAGGUUUGAGGUUCAUCCAAAUGGUACAUUAAUCAUCAGGAACACCCAGCCCAUGGAUGGGGGCCAGUACCUGUGCACAGUCCAAAACCAGUAUGGCACAGACAAGAUGGUAAUCAAUCUUAUUGUCUUAAUGUCUCAGCACCAUCAGGUCCUCCAGCCUCGGCACAGUGACAUAACUGUGCAUGUAGGUGGCAAAGUGGAUUUGGAGUGUAUAGUGGAGGGGCACCCUAUGUCUCAAGUCACAUGGGUGCUCCCUAACCAUAUCCACAUGACUGCCACACCACUUAGCGUCAUACCUCAACAACGUGUGACUGUUUUGAGUAACGGAACCCUCCGGAUCAGUCAGGCCUCUUACACAGACAGAGGGAUUUAUAAGUGCAUUGGCAGCAGUGCAGCCGGAGCAGACACAGUCUCAGUGAGGCUUUACAUCUCAGCAUUGCCACCUGUGAUUCAGCAGACCAAACAUGAGAACACCACCCUCCGAGAGGGAAGCACUGCCUUCAUCCACUGCACUGCCACAGGUUCCCCUAAGCCUGUCGUCCGCUGGAUCACACCUGAUGGUGUACAGCUAACUGCUUCUCAGUUUGUUGCCGGACACAACCUCAUUGUCUUUCCCAAUGGGACCCUCUACAUAAGGACAUUAGGGCCGGGGAAUGCUGGAAGAUAUGAGUGCUCAGCCAGUAACGUGGUGGCGUCCAGCAGGAGAACAGUGAUCUUGAGCAUAAUGAGGAAUCCGUCCUCUGCCAAGGCCAGAAUCACGUCGUCAUCUCCUCAGAGAACAGAUGUGAUCUAUGGCAGGAGGCUGCAGCUGAACUGUGUGGCAAGAGGAGAGCCAGAGCCCCGGAUCAUCUGGAGGACACCCUCUAAGAAACUUGUGGAUGCUCAGUACAGUUUUGACCCCAGGAUCAAGGUUUUCACCAAUGGAAGUAUAACUGUUCAGUCUGUGACUGAUGAGGACAGCGGUGACUACCUGUGUGUGGCACGUAACAAGAUGGGUGAUGACUACGUUCUUCUGCGGGUCAAUGUGCUAACCAGGCCAGCCAAGAUCAAGCAGAAGCAGCAGCAGUCUAGUCAAGAGGUGGUCUAUGGUGGAGACCUGAAGGUUGACUGUGUGGCCUCUGGUCUCCCUAACCCAAAGAUCAGCUGGGCACUACCGGAUGGCACUAUGGUCAACCCAGUCAAACAAAGACAUAGUGUCAAUGGGGGGCGCAGUCGCAGGUAUGUGGUGUUUGACAAUGGAACGCUGUACUUAAACGAUGUCGGAAUGCCAGAGGAAGGCGACUACACCUGCUAUGCUGAGAACCAACUUGGUAAAGAUGAGAUGAAGGUUAGAGUUACAGUCAAGGGUACAACUUUGCCCCCACAAAUCCAGGAUAAAGACCAAAAGACUGUCAGGGUUUUCUAUGACAAAUACCAGAUCCUGGAUGAUGGGACACUGGUGGUUCAAAAGGUCCAACGUUUUGAUGGAGGAAACUACACCUGCAUGGCCAGGAACAAUGCAGGACAAGACCAUAAAAUCAUCAGGCUGGAGGUCCUGGUAGCAACUCCAGUAAUCAACAACUUAAGUGGAACUGCCAACAACAUCAAGGUGACUGCAGUUCCGGAUCAACGGAAGUUUGUGGACUGUGUGGCAAAGGGAAUCCCCACCCCUCGCGUCAUGUGGGUUCUACCAGGAAAUGUGAUCCUUCCCGCACCAUACUAUAGCAACCGAGUGACAGUUCACCAAAAUGGUACAUUGGAAAUUCGGUCACCCAAAAGGACAGACUCGGGGCAGCUGGCUUGUAUUGCCCGUAAUGAAGGAGGGGAGGUCAGGCUGGUGGUUAAUUUGGAUGUGACGGAGGUUGUUGAGAGGCCACCAAUUAUAGGUCCCAAAACAGAGAGCCUGUCACUGACUGUGGGGAAUGCCAUGAUUUUGAAUUGCUCUUUUGAGGGAUUAUCUAUACCUCAUGUCACUUGGCUCUUACCUAACGGUACACCUUUGCAGAGUGGAACUCGAUCCUCUAAGUUUUUCCACCGGCCAGAUGGCUCCUUGAUCAUUAGCAACCCCUCUGUAUCUGAAGCUGGUAUGUAUCGCUGUCUGGGACGCAAUGGUCGAGGGCUUAUGGAGCGGAUAAUCACAUUGUCCCCAGGGAGAAAGCCAGAGAUUGUCAACAGAUAUAACACUCCUGUCAGCAUCAUGAAUGGGGAAAGACUUCUGCUUCAUUGUCUAACUAGUGGUGAACCUCUAAGGCUAUCAUGGACACUACCCAGCGGAGUUGUCCUCAACAGGCCACAGAGAGCUGGAAGGUAUGCUGUACUACCCAAUGGGACACUUGCCAUCCAACAAGUAUCAGUCUAUGAUCGGGGGUCUUAUGUUUGCCGGACUGCUAAUGAGUAUGGCAGCUCUCUGCUUCCUGUGUCAGUAAUUGUGAUUGCAUACCCACCUCAAAUUACAAAUGGUCCUCCUUCUGUGACUUAUGCUAAACAUGGAGUUGCUGUUCAGUUGAACUGUGUAGCAACAGGGAUCCCUAAGGUAGACGUAGCAUGGGAAACCCCUGAUAAAACACGCUUGGCUGUCAGUGCACAGCCACGCCUUUUUGGAAACAAGUACCUCCACCCACAAGGUUCCCUCAUCAUCCAGAACCCGACACAAAGAGACACUGGCAUCUACCGAUGCACAGCCAGAAACACCAUUGGCAUAGACUCUAAAGCUACAUUUCUCAACGUGUUCUGAAGAAUUUCACUGUCCAUUAUGUCCAUUUCAAUACUGUAUGCCCAAGCAACUGCCUAAUUAAAAACAGCUAUUGUUUUUGAUGAUCAAAAUGUUGUAAAAACUGCUGUCACAAUGAUGUAAUAAUGACAUGAUUGAAACUUGCUUUGACUGUGUCCUGUAUAGAGGCCACAUUUUGCAGUAUCUUGUUCACCACAGUUUAUAAUUUUUACAAUCUUGUGGGUAAUCCACAACACUGGGAAAUAUAAAUGGACUUCAAAUUUUGAGCAUAAUA